CCCCCGCAGGUGCCAUGACGCAGCAGCCCCAGGAGGGCUUCCACAGGAGCGCGGAGGACGCGCGGGAGUGGAUGAAGGCCGUGCAGGAGCAGCUGCAGAUCAACGACGACACCCGGGGGCCCCGCGCCGCCCUGGAGGCCAGGCUUCGGGAGACCGAGAAAAUAUGCCAACGAGAGCCGGAGGGGCGCGUGAAGGUGGACCUGGUGUUGCAGGCGGCCGAGGUGCUCCUGGCGUGCUGCCCCGAGGACCGGAAGCCCGCCAUCCUGGCGCAGCUGAGGGACAUCAAGGCCCAGUGGGAGGAGACAGUCACCUACAUGACUCACUGUCACAGCCGCAUCGAGUGGGUGUGGCUGCACUGGAGCGAGUACCUCCUGGCCCGGGAUGAGUUCUGCCGCUGGUUCCAGAAGAUGAUGGUGGUGCUGGCGCCCCCCGUGGAGCUGCAGCUGGGCCUGAAGGAGAAGCAGUGGCAGCUGAGCCACGCCCAGGUGCUGCUGCACAACGUGGACAACCAGGCCGUGCUCCUGGACCGGCUGCUGGAGGAGGCGGCCUCGCUGUUCAACAGGAUCGGGGACCCCAGUGUGGACGAAGACGCCCAGAAGAGGAUGAAGGCCGAGUACGAUGCUGUGAAGGCCAAAGCCCAGGACAGAGUGGGCCUGCUGGAGCAGGUGACCCGGGAGCACGAGCAGUUCCAGGCCGGCGUGGACGAGUUCCAGCGGUGGCUGCAGGCGGUGGUGGAGAAGGUGAAUGGCUGCAUGGGGCGGAACUGCAAGCUGACCACCAAGCACCGUCUCUCUGCACUGCAGGACAUCGCCAAAGAUUUUCCCAGGGGCGACGAGUCUUUGAAGAGGCUGGAGGAGGAGGCUGUGGGGGUCAUCCACAAUACCUCUCCUUUGGGUGCAGAGAAGAUCACCAGAGAACUGGAGGAGAUGCGGGAAGUUCUGGAGAAACUCCGCGUCCUCUGGGAGGAGGAGGAGGGGCGGCUGCGGAGCCUGCAGCAGUCCAAGGGCGCCUUCGAGCGGCGGAGGAAGCAGCUGGAGGCCGAGCUGGGAGAGUUCAGGAAGGGCCUUCAGAGGCUGGCCGAGGAGGGCCUGGAGCCCGUGGCCCCGGCGGGGACUGAGGAUGAGCUGGUGGCCCGCUGGAGGCUCUACUCGGCGACACGGGCAGCACUGGCCGCGGAGGAGCCCCAGGUGGACCGGCUGCAGGCCCAGCUGAAGGAGCUCAUCGUCUUCCCCCACGACCUGCAGCAGCUCCCCGACAGCGUCGUCGCCGCCAUCCAGGAGUUCCAGAGCAUGAAAGGGAAGAGCACCAGGCUGCGCAAUGCCACCGGCGUGGAGCUGUGGCGGCGGUUCCAGCGCCCCCUGCAGGAUCUGCAGCUGUGGAGGGCCCUGGCCCAGAGGCUCCUGGAGGUCACCGCCAGCCUGCCGGACCUGCCCUCCAUUCACACCUUCCUGCCCCAGAUCCAGGCAGCCCUGGCAGAGAGCUCCCGCCUGAAGCAGCAGCUGACCAUGCUGCCGCUGAAGAAGGACCUGCUGGGCAGCGUCUUCGGCCAGGACAAGGCCACGGCCCUCCUGGAACAGGUGGCGAGUUCCGUGAGGGACAGGGACCUGCUGCACAAUAGCCUUCUGCAGAGGAAGAGCAAGCUGCAGAGCUUGCUUGCUCAGCACAAAGACUUUGGGGCUGUUUUUGAACCCCUGCAGAGGAAGCUCUUGGACCUCCAAAUCAGGGUCCAAGCUGAGAAUGAGCUUCAGCGGGAUCUUCCUGGGAAACAGGCCCAGCUUGCACGGUUGCAGGCGCUGCAGGAAGAGGGGCUGGACCUGGGGGUGCAAGUGGAGGCCGCCAGGCCUUUCAUCCAGGGGAACCCCAACCACCAGCGCAGCAUGGACCAGCUUUCCGCCGACUGCCAGGCCCUGCAGAGGUCCCUGGAGGACCUCGUGGACAGGUGCCAGCGGAGCAUGCGGGAGCACUGCACCUUCAGCCACGAGCUGCUGGAGCUGCGACAGUGGAUCGCUCUGGUGUCUCAGAAGCUGAAGUCGUACCUGAGCGACACGGGCCCAUGGGAUGCCCAGGCCCGAGAGGCCGAAGUCCAGAGGCUGCUGGCUGAGUUCCCGGAGAAGGAGGCCCAGCUGCCCCUGGUCAGAGCGCACGGUCAGCUGGUGAUGGAAAAGUCCUCUCCGGAAGGGGGUGCUGUGGUCCAGCAGGAGCUGAGGGAGCUGGCGGAGUCGUGGCGGGCCCUCAGGCUGCUGGAGGAGAAACUGCUGAGCCUCAUCAGACAUCGGCAGCUGCAGAGCACAGAAGUGGGCUCAGGGAAGAAAAGUAUCUUCAACAACAACAUCCCGGACGGUGGGGUUCUCAUCAGCCCCAUGACGCCCAAUUCCAGUCAUCACCAUCGGGCAGAUCCUCUCCCGGAAGCAGAAGGCUUCCCCCAGCUCCGGAGGGGCUUCGAGCAGUGGCUGCAGGUGGAAAACGCCAAGCUGGUGAGACUCAUCGCCAUGGGAACUGCCAGGGCCGAGGACGCCAGGGCCAGAGCAACGAAGCUGCAGGAGCUGGAGGCUCGGGUGCCGAAAGGUCAGCAUCUCUUCGAGAACCUCCUCCGUCUCGGGCCAGCAAGGGGGCCCUCGGAUGAGCUCGAGGACCUGCGCUACCGGUGGAUGCUGUACAAGUCCAAGCUCAAGGACUCCAGCCAGCUGCUGACACAGCGUUCUCCAGGGCAGCCGACUGGACUCCGAAAGACCCAGCGGUGGCGAGGCCCCGGCGCCCUCUUCCGGAAGGUGUGCUGCGUGGCGCUGCCCCUGCAGCUGCUCCUCCUGCUGCUGCUGCUCCUGCUGCUGCUGCUCCCCGUGGGCGAGGACGACCGCAGCUGCACGCUGGCCAACAACUUCGCCCGCUCCUUCACGCUCAUGCUCCGCUACAGUGGCCCGCCGCCCACCUAGUCCCCUGGGCUCACAGGUGACUUUCUUCUCCAGCCUCCCGUCAGCCCGGGCUCCUCCUGAGGACACCGGGGACACUGGAAACGGGCAGGCCAGGUGGCACAGCUGCCCAGGAUAAAUACUGUACCGAUGUUCCCAGCACAAAACCACUUUUUAUACGGUGUUGUCUUCGUCUAUUUAUACUAAAUGUGUACUACGUGUGACCAGGGAAUCGUGUAUAGAAUUUUUAUAUGCUCUGUAUGUAAAUGCUCAGUAUGUAUAGUUUCAUGGAUGGCAUCUACUUGUAGUUGGGAGGAAGGUGUGGCACUUCUGCCUUGGUCUGCAGUCAGCCCUGGAAACCCUAACAUGUCACUUGGACGCAGCCUCUUACCAGAAGCCAACCCCGCGCCAGACGUCGCUGAGAGGGCCGCCGACGGGCAGCCCCGCCUGUCGCUGAGCGCCCGGUGGCUCUUGUGUUAGGCACGAAGAGAACAAGCGUGCUUGUCUAGUGUUUAAAAUGACAGCAGGUUAGAUGCUGUGGGGUAGAGGCAGACAGGGUGAUGACCCAUGGAAGGCCCAGUGACAGCAAGAAGAAGUGAUGGGUGAGAGAAGGACAUCAAGGGAAGUACCAUAACGCGCAGGCCCAGAACGAACUAAGAGGCACUGCGGACGGGGCCGCGUGCGGAGCCCCCGAUGGCACCGGAGACCAGUUCCGUGGUCGCGCGGAGUCCUUGGGCGGCGGUCAGAUGGCUCAGGGAGAAAAUCGAGGAGACAGACUUCACUGUUAAGAUCUCCAGGGGGCAAGGUGAGCACGCUCUGGACGUGACAGGGAGGAUGUGUUACCCCUCACUUGGGCUGAUGUGUCGUCUCCGACGUGAGCUGAAGCGACAGGAGAGCCCUGUCCAGGACAGGGAUGAGAUCAGCGUGGAGCUCCCAGAAGGGACUGUGGACAGAGGCAGGUCCUCUGGACCAAGAAUAUCCCACACGUGCCCCCACAAGAGUGCCCAGCUCCAGGCGCCCCAAACCGCCCUCUCCGACCAGGGCCCAGUAGUUGGGCUCCAUGCGCCAUCUGGGGAGCAGGCCCAGUCUGCUGGGCCCCAAAGCCCGAAACGUGUCCCUUCUCCCAGGGAACUCUAGGUCCCUAAGUGCUUCAUAACUGGAUCCCGAUUUCCCGAAAUCAACACUAAGUUCUCCUCUUUGGAAGAUGCUUGGUGCCCACUCUACAGAUCCGGUGUGUCUGCUCAGCUACAGAUGGACCAGAGGGUUCCUCAGGCCUUAGGACCAUACAGUGUUUAGACCCAGGGAGGGGAAACUGAGGACCCGAGAGAGCCCUGACCCCAGCACCAUGCCCCUGCCUUCUGCCCUGGCACACACUGACCCCUUCCUUCCUAGCACAGGCCCAGCCUGGGCACAGCUCUCUCCACGGGGACCCAGGCCUCCCGGGCACCAGAAGGAACUGGACGUUCACGGUGUAGGAAGACGGUGUUGCUGGGAGACGCACUUGGCACUGACUCCAAGAGCACACCUUUCUCCAGCCACUUAGAAACCAAGCCCCAAGGCCACACCCACAGGUGACCACUUUCCUGGAAAGUCGGGGGCUUCGUGACCCAAGACCUCAGACACUCCCAGGUUAUGUCAGUCCCGCCCCAGGAGGUCAGAGCUGUGGCAGGGGCCUUCCACUGUCUCCAUCCCCUCCCCACUUCACAGCUGAGAAGGCUGAGGCCCAGAGGGGGGCAGUAACUUGCCCAUGGGCACACAGCCAGGUGGCCAGGUCACCACCACCCCCAGGGUGCGCCCUGCUCAUAGAGCACACCGGGGGAUCCCCCACCCCCAUGUCAGUAACUCCACAAAGCCGCGCUGGUUAGCAGGAGUGCCGUGUCCCAGGUGGGGCGGGACGAAGGGCAGUACGUGGGCUGGUGGACAGGAGUUGCGUGUAUUUGUUAAACUUCAGUAACGAUGCCACAGAGUCUGCUUGUUUGCAUAACUGUCUUUUUUUAAGAGAACUGAUAUUUUCAUUACUUUAUA